CCCCCUCUUCUUACUCUCACUCUCCAUUUCUUCUCUCUUUGCUUCUCCCCCCCCAUUAAUAUUAUUCUUCCCUCUUCUCUCUUCUUUCAAAACAAUUUUAGUAGUGAGAAAGAAACUAAAAACAAAAAAAGGAACUAGGGGAGUAAAAACAGGAUGACGAACAACCCGAAUGUAGUAAUUUCAGAGAGUAAAUCAAGCAUCAACAUGGCCAUCACUGUCACAGUAUCAAACUCGUCGAUUUUCCAAGCAACAGCUCAAAAGCCACCGGCUGGCCCCAGCUCAACCACCGGCGGUGGCUACAUCUCAAUAUCUCGGUCCACAAAAUUGGUGCAGCAGCCCGAUGGGAGAGCAAGAAUCAAGACAUGGGUGGACUCAAUGCGAGCCUCAUCUCCAAGUCGUAUUAAACCCACUCCUUCCCUCUCCGACCAUGACCAUGACAAUAACUCCUCUUGGAUGCUCCACCAUCCUUCGGCUUUGGACAUGUUUGACCAAAUCAUUGAUGCUUCUAAAGGGAAACAAAUAGUGAUGUUUCUGGAUUAUGAUGGCACACUUUCCCCAAUUGUCGAUGACCCAGAUCGUGCCUUCAUGUCCGAUGCGAUGAGAAAAACGGUAAAAACGGUAGCGAGAAGCUUCCCUACUGCAAUAGUGAGCGGGAGACGUAGAGACAAGGUUUAUGGGUUUGUAAGACUAGGAGAACUGUAUUAUGCAGGAAGCCAUGGGAUGGAUAUUAAAGGACCGACAAAAGAUUCCAAUUACAAGAAAUGUACCCAAUCUGUUCUCUUUCAACCUGCCAGUGAGUUUCUUCCCAUGAUCGACCAGGUUUACAAAGAGCUGGUUGAAAAAACCAAAUCAACUCCAGGAGCUAAGGUGGAGAACAACAAGUUUUGUCUCUCUGUUCACUACCGUUGUGUUGAAGAAAAGAAAUGGAGUGAAUUAGCCCAACAAGUUAAAUCUGUGUUGAAAGAUUUCCCACAGCUUCGACUAACCCAAGGAAGAAAGGUAUUAGAGAUUCGUCCAACCAUUAAGUGGGACAAAGGGAAGGCCUUAGAAUUCUUAUUAGAGUCACUUGGAUUCAACAAUUGUUCGGAUGUUUUUCCGGUAUAUAUCGGAGAUGAUCGAACGGAUGAAGAUGCAUUUAAGAUAAUAAGAGAGAGAGGACAAGGGUUUGGCAUUCUUGUGUCAAAAUUUCCAAAGGAAACGAGUGCUUCUUAUUCUCUACGGGAACCUUCUGAGGUUAUGAACUUUUUGCAACGCUUGGCUGAGUGGAAGAAGAGAUCUAUAUUGCCACUGCCAGGGCAGUGCCAGAUGUGAAAGAAAUUUAAGAAGGAGAAGAAAGGGAAAUGGGAAAAAAAGAAAGGAAAAGCUAAAAUAUAUAUAUAUAUAUAUACCUUUUCUUUUUUUCCCAGCCAAUAAAUUAGAAUAUAUAUUAAGGAAAAGAGGAGGAGGGUUGGUUGGUUGGUUGGGAUUGGUCGGUCUAUAUAUAUAUGUAACUUAUAAUUGUUCAAAAAUAUGUUAGUUAGAUAUAUAUAUGGAAAUAGAGAACAAAAAAGGUAGCUGGGUGGGAACUCUGGUUUUUUUUUUCUUUUUCUUUUUCUUUGGCUUCAUGGCCUUGUACAUCUUGUAACUCUGUGUACAGGGGAAAGGAAGACAACCAAAAUUUGCAAUUAUAUGCACCUUAAUCCAUGUUAAUUAAUGGUAUUAAUCUAAUUAUUAAUUAUCUUAUCUUCUCCA